CGCGCGGCUCUUCUCCCUCAGUCAAGUCUUUAUCCGCCGUUAACACCAACACCCAUGGACACAAUAGUUCCUCCAGGCUCGGCGCCUGCUCCAUUUGCAGGAUCACCGAUGGGUUGCUUAGGUUCGUCAUCCCCAAGCACAGUAACAUCCGAAAGCUGUCAAACCUCUCCCCCAACAAGAGAUCUUAUGAACCCAACGGCUCCAUCCUUAGAAGAAUGGGUGGAGCAACACUAGCCCCUAGAUGGCCCAACAACGGCUCCGGUGGAGGCCACACCGCUACCCUGGAGUUUCAUGGGUGGUUCGGUCUCGCUAAUAGUCUGUUUUCCGUUCUGGUGCCGAUCCGGCGGCUAUUUCUACGUUAGCCCAUGAAAUGCCGAGCGUGCCCGCGUCCUCCUCGUGUCUACGGAUCUCGUCUCCGUACUCCGAGACCGCGAACCCUAAUCCUUUUCCUCCCUCAAUUUGUGGAGCCGGAGUGAAAGAACGGCAGGUCUCGCCAUUCCCGGACGAACGGGCUCCCGAAUCAAUGGAGUCCCUGGCGCCACGCAAGGAAACGUGGAUCAGGGCGGAGCGAGAAGGCAACGACGCCCUGCCCGUUGCCGAGGCUGGUGACUUGGGCGACCGCUCCUUCGCGACGAGUGAGCCUGCGAGCGAUUUGAAGGAAGAGGUGAAAGGGUUUGUUUACGGAGAUCCGGUGGGGUGGACGGUUCUGGACUCGAUGGCAGCAGCUGGAAUGAUGCUUCUACACAUCUAGUCAACAAUGUGCCUGAAACAGACAAGGGAGUUCAUUUCUCCCAGCCAUUUCUUGUUUUUGGUGCAAACAAGUAUGCCUCUGUCUACUUAUAUACUUUCCCUUAGCAGAGUUAAAAUCACAUUUUCAGAGAUUUUUUGUUCUUGCAUAUUGGAUUGAUAUUAUCGAACCUGUAUAUAUACAUAUAUUUUGUAUAUAACAUAUUUUAUUCCCACUAUCAUCCCAAAAGAAAUAGUAAAAGAAGUAAAAGAACAAUAUUUGGGCAGCCCAUAUGGUCCAACCAGAAAGAGGCACCAAAGUGAAUGAUGAGGUGGCAGCAAUGAUCCAAUAAGCUAAUGAAAUCUGUAUUGGACAGGUACUAUAACAAUUUAGUAGUAUUGUAUGUGGCACUUCUGUUUGUUCCUCAAUUAUAUUGGAAGUUGUUAAUCCUUCUUAUUUGUAUAACUCUCUUUGAUUAUCAAUUGGGCUAGUUUCCUGCAAAUGAUAUUAACUUCUAAAGAGAUUACUUCUAAAUAUGACUAUUACAAAUAGUUGUUAUAAACAAAAUGUCUUGAUCAUUUCUAUUAUUUGAGCAAGUUUUUUUAUCUGCAAGCGCCACAUGAAUCUGAAUCUGUGUGACAAAAUCAGGCUUAGAUCACUAUAUUCUUUUUAUGAUAGCUGUAAUUUAUUGUUAUCUCACUAUUUCCAGGUGAUGAAGGCUGACAAGCAGUCAACGGAAAGUCCUGACAGGCUACGAGGAUCUGCACGAAUAUAUAGAUCAUCAAUUAAAAUUGAUGUGCCUAAUAUUGUCUCCAUGUCAGCAUGUGUGGACCUAACUCUACCAGGAAGUGCUGGCCUCUGUGUACACACAAUUCAUCAUCCUAUUUACUUGGUUGCUGACUCAUGGUAGUCUCUGGAGGGAUGGGUGGAUGCUAUUCGCCUUGUCUGCACCAUUUUUACCCAAGGAAAGAGUGAUAUUCUUGCCAGCAUCCUAACUGGUUGACCACCCGUAUUUGAGAAUUUGUUCUCAAGACAUCAUGUUAUAUAACCUGAUGAAUUCCAAGUAUCCGAAUACGUAUAUAGCAUCUCCUCAUGUCAUUUGGUUGUUAGUUACCCAUAUGAACAAGAGCAGUAGUUUAUUUCUCCGAAAGUUCAAGCCAAGUUUACCACAGAUAUCAGUUUAUCCCCAUGUCAUUUCUGUAGUUGCUGAUGCAAACACUGUGAACUUGUCGACUAGUGGCUUCGUUGUCUCUGUGAAAAUACUAUCUUAUCUUACCAUUCAUGUUUGGCUGGACAUUAUCCAAAACUGGGCCACCAAAAUGAUAGAAUAUUUAUGUUUUUUUUUUAACAUCCCAGGUCUCAAUCUUUAAUCAUGUUGAAAGGGAGAGCGUUGCAGCCCGGCUACACCAAUGGAACCAAAUUAUGUACAGCAUGUAUUGGCGUCGGCAGGUCAAAUCAUUGCAGCAAUAAAUAAUUGGCAGAAUGCAUGGGAGCCGCAGAGCGCGCCCGCAAUGGCGUUAUGGAAUCAUCAGGUGAAAGAAAGAAAGAACAGGUGAUUGGAUUUGUCAUGUUAUGGGCAUCUUUGUAUGAAAAGAUUGAAGCUGGGGAAAAGAAGGGGAGCACGUUGGACCGCCAAAAGUUUCAAGGUCUUUUCUAAUCAUUGCCGCUGAUACUGGGUGAAAGCCAAAAGCUUUUGGAUGAAGUUGAUCCAUACACACUUUUCCUUUUAUCUCCUCGUCAAAUUAGCUGGCUCGGGGCUCGACCGGGACAGUCCGGAGGCGCGCGCAGUCGGGGGAGAUGAGCGGGGCCGCCGGAGGAUGGAAGAUGCCGCCUCUGCGUCUGUUGCGCAGCCGUCCUCAGCGACCUCCUUCCUCCGCCUCCUGGGCCUCCUCAAGCUGCCCGACGCCGACCCCGAUCCCGACCCCUUCCCGACUCGCCACCUCGAGCUCGACGAGAGUGACGUGGUUUGGUCAUCCUCCUCCGAAGAGCUCUCCUCCUCGCCCUCCCCGUCCUCCUACGACGACCGUGAUUCCGUCGAUUGCUUCUCCUCCCCGUCGCCUGGUCUCGUCCGGAGCUCUGUCCCGGGUUCCUCCUUCUCGCCCUUUGGCCGAUUCCGCCGCCGGCCAGCGCCGGAAAGGUGCGGCCUUUCCGCCGCCCUGGCGGAGGACCGGCGUCCCCUGGUUCUUCAGCGAUGCACAACCGAGAGCACCACGCGGCCGGUAGAGAUGCCGGAAGGGAGGGCAGUGGAGGCUUUGGUGGCCGGGAGGGUGGCCCACCAUCAGUCAGCGCCGGUUAACGUCCCUGUGUGGCCGAGGUGGAGGAGCGAGCGGAAAGAUGAUGUCUUGGAUGGAUUGGAGGAAGAGGAAGGACGGGAGGGCGAGGAGGAGGAGAUGGUGCCGCCUCAUGUGAUCGUGGCGAGAUCGCACGUGAUGACGUUCUCGGUGUUCGAGGGCGUGGGGAGGACCCUCAAAGGGAGGGAUCUCCGGCGGGUGAGGAAUGCCGUGCUGCAGAAGACCGGCUUCCUCGACGUGUAAAAGGCCAAAAGCCACCGCCUUCCCUCCCUCUGCUUCAUUUCUUUUAAGUUCCUUGUUUGUGUGUGCACGUUCUUCCUGUUCAUAUAAGGAAUAACCAGUUGAAAUGUGGCUCUUUUUUGUGGUCCAUGACUGUUCAAGUGUAGUUACAGGUUUAUGGAUCCCAAGAAUUCUCAUGAUGUCAAUUUGCUUUGCCUUUAUUUGUUUCCCUCAACUUGUACACAUACUUAUUGUUGGUGGGUUGAAAGAUUUAGUAUAGUUUUCUCUGUCUUCCUAUUAGCAGAUAAUUUUGUUACUUGUUUGCUAGAUGUUUAAUCUUUUCUAUAUGGUUCAUAUAUUCCUUCCCUCUUUCCGUUCAUUUGGUCAAGAAAAUGAAACUUUUGAGCAGCCAAUUCCAGAUAUUGGUUGGAGAGUUGAAACAUAGGUGGUAGAAUCACAAAUAAGAUUGCAGGCUUCAUGUUCUUCAAAUAGUUCUAUUGAUUUGAUCAGUUUGGCUGUCAGUGUAGAAAAGCUGAACCCUUUAGUGUGGAUCAUUCUUUAUCUUUUGAGGUUGUGGCCUUUUCUGCUCCACCACUUCUUCUCUCAGCUCAACUUGUGAUCCAUAUAGCCUUCUCAUGCUGACAUCCAAAUCAGAAAGAAACAUAUCAUGUUUCAAGUUGUCUCCAAUAAUUCUGCCUCGAAUGAAUCUUUCUAUUAAGAAGCAGAAAAGGUUGAUUUUUUUGGUUUUAGCUUAUCACCUACGAUUUCCAUGCUGCAUCUAACACGAUCUCUUUUGCAGAUGUAAACACAUGCCACCACCUUUUAUUCAUUUCUCUCAGCCACAAUUCUGUCAUCAAUGGCUUUAUCUGAAAGAAAGUGAGCUGGUACUGUAUUUGCUUGCAUAGAAGAAAUUUUGGUAGAUGAUGAUGGCUUUGGAAUAACUCGAAGAAAGUUAAAAGAAGUUAUGGGGUGAUGAUGCCAUGAAAAUGCUACUGCAGAAAGUCUAGGAGUUUUCUCCUCUCUCUCAAUGUGAGAGUUGGUCAAAGGACCAAAAAGAGAACAUAACCUGAUGAAUGAAACAGCGUCGAUCCAACGUGAAUCGAUCGUGUCGGGUUCGACCAAACCCUAAAGCAAAGAACUCCACAGUGUAGACCAAGUGACGUGGAAUUGGGACCGUAACAGCGGUCGGCUUAAUAUCUAUCAGUCUAAGAUCAACGGCUAACGUCAUCUUUUCGCCCCACCAUUACCGUAUCUUUUAAGAUGGCAUUAAAUGGCAACGGUCGGCUGCACCCAACGGUCACAUUUUCCUUCAAAUUUUGAGCUGUUUUGGGACCGAAAUGGCGGAAAGAAGACAAAACGGGCAAACACAGAACACAAAAGCAAAGAAACUCUAUAGUCUCUCCUCCCCUCCCUUCUCCCCGGUCCACGAUUCUUGGAGGUAUGCGCGACCGAAGCCCUAGCCACGAAGCCUAACUCCCAGAUCCUUCUCCCCUCUCCUUUGUUUGCGGGUCCAAGAUUCGGAGGUGGAGAGGACCCCGUCACCUUUGCUCGAACCGGUGAUGGACGACUCCUUCGAUUCGAUGGUGUUGGUCUCGGGGCCCAAGUUCGUUCUUUGGGGGCUCGGCCAAAUGGCGUUCAAAGAUGAUGUUGUAAUGUUUGUUAAUGCGGGAGGCCACGAGAUACAUGGCCAAGAUUCCCGUGUGAGGAUUGAUGGCGAUUCUUGCUUUCAAGGUGGAGAUGUAAUAGAGACCAACGAGAUGAUAAUAGAAGGUGGCGACUGCCCAUCUCUUUAUCAGUCUGCGCGGUAUGGAGACUUCUGCUACAAGUUUGAUAGUCUUGCUCCUGGGGACUAUUUCAUGGACUUGCAUUUCGCGGAGAUCGUCAAUACAAAUGGUCCUAAAGGAAUUAGGGUGUUCAAUGUAUAUGUGCAAGAAGAGAAGAUAUUGUCUGGGCUUGAUAUAUUCUCUGUUGUUGGAGCUAAUAAGCCACUGCAGCUAGUUGAUCUCAUAGUUUCUGUGGUGGAUGAUGGGAAUAUUUUGGUAAGAUUUGAGGGACUUAGUGGGACUCCAACAGUUUGUGGGAUUUGCAUCAGAAAAGCACCAGCCUUAUCAGACUUGGCGAAACCUGAACAUCUUACAUGUAUCAAAUGUGCCACUGAGAUAGAGGUUUCUCCACUUAAGAAUAAAUUUCAAAAUAGAAACAUUGCUCAGUACGAGAAGAAAAUACAGGAGCUAACCAGUGAAUGUAAAAUGAAAUCUGAUGAGUGUUAUGAAGCUUGGAUGUCACUGACAGAUGCAAAUGAGCAGCUACGAAGGCUGAACAUUGAGCUUGACAAUAAGCUCUUCCAAAAUGAAACACUUGAACAAAAUCUUGAAAGAGAGAUGGAGAAAUUUAGAGAUACCUCUGAAAGGUACAAGAAUGAUAAGAAGGUUUGGUCUGCUGCAAUCGCUAAUCUGGAAAAAAAGAUUAAGGCCAUAAAAGAAGAGUACACUCAACUUUCUCAAGAUGCACAUGAUUGUGCCAACUCAAUUCCAAAUCUGAAUAAGAUGACCAUUGCGGUUCAGGCCCUAGUUGCACAAACUGAAGAUCUUAAAUUGAAGUACAGCGAGGAGAUAGCCAAGAGAAAAAAGCUAUAUAACCAAAUCCAGGAGGCAAAAGGGAAUAUCAGGGUGUUCUGUAGGUGUCGCCCUUUGAGUAAGCAGGAGGUUUCAACUGGUCACAAUGCUGUUGUAGAUUUUGAUGCAGCAAAGGAUGGUGAAAUUGGAAUUAUGAAUGGUGGAGCGACAAAAAAAUGCUUCAAGUUUGAUCGGGUCUAUACUCCAAAGGAUAAUCAAGCUGACGUUUACGCGGAUGCUUCACCCUUGGUCACAUCAGUCCUCGAUGGCUACAACGUGUGCAUAUUUGCAUAUGGGCAGACUGGAACGGGGAAGACUUUCACAAUGGAAGGAACUGAGCAAAAUAGAGGAGUUAAUUACAGAACUCUGGAGGAGUUGUUUAAAAUAGCUGAGGAAAGGAAUGAGACAUAUUCCUAUAACCUUUCUGUGAGUGUUCUGGAGGUGUACAAUGAGCAAAUCAGAGACCUGUUGGCAACAUCUCCAUCAACAAAAAAGUUGGAGGUAAGGCAGGCAGCUGAAGGGUUUCAUCAUGUGCCAGGGAUAGUAGAAGCUAAGGUUGAAAACAUAAAGGAGGCUUGGGAUGUCCUGCAAGCUGGGAGUAACGCCAGAUCUGUUGGAUCUAACAAUGUGAAUGAGCAUAGCAGCCGAUCUCACUGCAUGCUUUGUAUAAUGGUGAGAGCAAAAAACUUAAUGGAUGGAGUCUGCACAAAAAGCAAGCUUUGGCUUGUGGACUUGGCUGGAAGUGAGAGGCUGACAAAGACAGAUGUACAGGGGGAGAGGCUUAAGGAAGCCCAGAACAUUAAUAGGUCACUCUCUGCCCUCGGCGAUGUCAUUUCUGCUCUUGCUACCAAAAACAACCACAUUCCUUACAGGAAUUCCAAGCUGACACAUUUACUGCAAGAUUCACUAGGAGGUGAUUCGAAAGCUUUGAUGCUUGUACAAAUUAGCCCCUCAGAGAACGACCUAGGAGAAACUGUCAGUUCUCUGAAUUUUGCAAGUCGAGUACGGGGAGUAGAAUUGGGUCUUGCAAAGAAGCAGGUUGACACAGUUGAGUUGCAAAAGAUGAAACAGAUGAUUGAUAAAGUAAGGCAGGAAUCUAGAACUAAGGAUGAGUCAUUGAGGAAGCUUGAAGAGAACUUUCAAAAUCUAGAGAACAAAUUGAAAGAAAAAGAACAGCUUUGCAGGACUCUCCAGGAGAAGAACAAAGAGCUCACAAACCAACUGGAGUCAAACACUGAAUCACAAAGUUUGUCAGAGAGAAAACAGUGGCAACUCAUUGAGAAAUUGAAUGGGAAGGAAGAAGCUUAUGCUGUGCUUCAGCAAAAAGUAAAAGAGAUGGAGUGUAAAUUGAAGGAUCAACAACACUCUGAAUCUGUUAUUCUUCAGCUAAAGGUUAAAGAGCUUGAAUGCAAACUUAAAGAACAAGCACACUCUGAAAAUGUAGCUGCACAGAAGGUUAAGGAAUUAGAGUACAAACUAAAAGAAAGACUACAAUUUCAGUUGAAUCUUGAACAAAAAGUCAAAGAGCUGGAAAACAAGCUAAGAGAACAGAAAGAAGAACAAGACUCCAUGUUACUAUUACAGUCAGCAGAUAGAUCAAGAAUUGCAACACCAAUAGAAGGAAGAUCAUUUUCGAGUAAUGAAUCAACAAGUCAUACAGACCCUCAGAUACUGAGAAAUUCAAACUCCUUAAACAAGCCAAUGACAAGUCAGUUUUCCUUCUUACUUAAAGGAGUAGAAUCUCUUCAUGAGAUCAAAAGGAAAAGAGACAAUAGAAGUGCGUCUGUCGAAAAUGAGAAUGUUAUUUCAUCAAGCUUAGUAGAGAAGAAGAUGGCACCGACUGAACUCAGCAGAACUAGAAAAGUUGAUCCAGCAAAAGCAUAUGGAAGGCUAACUAGGACAACAAAGGUCAUUACAACACAAAAACUCUUUCUUCAUGGCAGAAAUAAGAAGGAACAGCAAGAUGGUGCAGCCAGGGAGAAAGAUAAGACGAGAGCCUGGGUCUAGGUAGUCCAUCAUAUGAGAACAUGAUAACCAGUAUGGAGUCAUUAUAUUAAGUUGAAAUUUAAGUUGUUCUCAACUGUAUCUUGUUGUUGAAGCCAAAAUGCACAUUUGCAUUGUAA